AUGAAUCCAGAAAAGAUAGAAGCCAUACUGAAGCUGAAGUCACCAACCAACAUCAAAGAGGUCCAAAAACUAACCGAGAUAGGCGAGGAAUCACACCGAGUUGCUAUGUAUGAUCCUGCAACUAAUCGUGAAGAGCGCUGCUUGGACUUGGAAAUAAUCGAAGAGAAAAGAGAGAUCGCGUAUGCCAAGAUACUACACCAUAAAAACUUAAUGAUGAGGAGUUACAACAAAAAUCUGAGGCCCAGACAAUUUCAAAUUGGAGACCUCGUGCUGAAGAAGGUGGAAGUAUCAAAGCACGUGGGAAAACUUGACCUCGGAUGGGAAGGACCCUAUAAAGUUACGGAGAUCAAGCGAAGAGGCACUUAUCGACUGCAAGAUCUGGAAGGUCGAGACUUACCACGACCAUGGAAUGUCCAAAACUUGAAGAAAUUUUAUGCAUAG